UUGUGACUAGAGUCUAAUACUUCCUGUGGCACACAACACCGGCACCUAAAAUGUUGUACCCUUUGAGCUCACGUUCCUCGUAUAGAAUAAUGAAUUUUUUCUUUUGUGAGACCUAUUGACGUGUGAUGAGGUGACAGCAAAGGAACCGCCGAAGGUGAAUACAACACACCAGCACAAGUGGUUUAACUUGGAUAGGCUACUGGUGGAUUGACACACACACACAGAACAGAGGACAUGUGGUGGUUCCAGGAAGGUCUGUGUAUUCUACCAGUAGCUCUGGUAUUAUGGACGACAGCCACGUUCAUCUUCGAUUACAUCACAGCUGUGGUGCUGAGACAUGUGGACCCACUGGUGCCAUACAUCAGUGACACAGGGACAGUUGCCCCAGAGAGAUGUGUGUUUGGAAUAAUGCUGGACAUGUCAGCAUUCCUAGGUGUAGCCACCAUGUAUGUACGCUACAAGCAGGUCCAAGCCUUGACAGACGAAGAGGAGUCAAAGCUCCAUAAACUCAACGUCUUGGGCCUGGUGCUGGGAUGGACCAGCUCCUUUGGCAUGUGCAUCGUCGCUAACUUCCAGAAAACCACUCUGUUCUUCAUGCACCUGGUGGGGGCGAUAUUGACGUUUGGUGUGGGGGCCCUGUACAUCCUGGUGCAGACGCUGGUGUCUCUGUACAUGCAGCCUCACGUCCACGGGAAGAGUAUAUUCUGGGUCCGACUCAGCAUUGGAGUGUGGACCUUUGCCAGCAUUAUCAGCAUGUUUGUGUCAUCUCUCAUCAUGUACAGCAGUCUGCCUGGAGUGGACGUGGCCCAUAAACUGCACUGGAUACCUGGAGAGACGGGCUACAUCCCUCACAUCAUCAGCGCCAUCUCUGAGUGGUCUCUGGCUCUCUCCUUUGUCAGUUUCUUCCUCACCUACAUCCGAGACUUCCAGAAAAUAACGCUGCGGGCAGAGGCGGACCUAAAGAGUAAUCACAUGUAUGAUUCACGGCACUACAGCAUCACCACACCUCUCAACCAAUCAGAGACCUCUCCACUACUGGCGGGGGGCAUCUGAACAAGACCACUCCUAGUAGUGUGGUGGAGUCGAGCUGUAAAUGUCAACAUACUGAAUGGAAUAAAUGAGAUUAUAAUGCGGAUGGUUCGAGCCCUGAAUGCUGAAAGCCGUGGUAUAUUAGACCGUAUACAGUACCACGGGUAUGACCCAAAAACAUUU